AUGGAAUUAAAUACUUUCAAAUGUGGUGAAUUUGUUGUGUUCCAUCCGGGUAUUGUUGGAGGCCAGGAAAGACCUUUCUAUUCGAUUCUAGAAGCUGAGAGUGUCCUCUGCACCACUUGGAUAGGACAAGCUUCUGGUAGUUCCAUUUAUCCAGAGGCAGAAGGCACUCUCUUGCCUGCACCUGGAGCAUUGUGGCCAUUCAAUAAAGAGCCUAUACUGCCUAAGGAAACGGUGUUUCCUCUUACAAGGUAAAAUCUUGGCUCCUCUGCCAUGAGGGGUCUGUUCUUGGAAAUGUACUCUAGAGCUUCCUAUCUAACCAGGAUAGGAAUUGCAUUGCUACAUAAUUCCCCUGCUGAGGCCCUACGAAAGGAAUGAGUUGGGACAGAUACAGCAAGAUAUUAGGACAAAUUUUCCCCAUUCUUCAUGUUGUACAACACAGAAGUGAACUUUAUUUCAACAAGAUGACCCAAUUCUUAGCAUGCUUUUCUACCCACUUUACCCAUAGUGCUUCCAAAUCACUGUCUUUGAUUCAAAUUGUGCAGAGAAACAAGAAAAUGAAAAGAAGAUAAGCUGGCUAGUGCAAAGUAAAAUGGCAUUUAAUUAAAACUAACUUUGCAAAUUCAUGGGGGAAAAAACUAGAUGUUUUGCCCCCCCCCAAAAAAAGCCCUGUGAUUAACCUUCAGGGCAGCAUAGCAUAUCACUGACCGUUUGUUGUUUUGAGUGUAUUUCAUUUAUACAUUGGAAGUAGAUAUUUUUCAUAUUGUUAAUAAUCACUCUACUAAGUUGUACACUCAGCAUCGUGCAUCAUUUUAACCUUGUUUAGUCACAAGGCUUUCAUUUUCUUUCUCUACUUUUCUUAAGCUUGUUUCUGAGUGGUGGUUCAUUCACACAAGCUUUCAAUUUUAAAUAACACAAUCCAUUAUUUCACUAGGUGUCUUUAUUUGCUUAAAGUGAAGAAUCAGAUUGUGAUUGUGUUGUAAAUAAGUCAAUCCUUUCCUUCCCUUUACAGGAAAAGCUGUGGAUGCUAAAAAAAGAGAACUGAAAACUAGUCUUUCAUGAACUCAGUUAUUGGAGUAAGUAGAGCUAAAACUGUGGGGGUGGCGGGGGGAGAAGAAAAUGAAAAAGGCAUUUUUAGAGCUUUUAAUUUAAGCCACUCCAGUGUCCCUGUUCUCUGCUUCUUUCCACUACCCCUGCCCCACAGUCAGAACCCAGGGCACCGGGCAGCUCAGAAGCUGAAAGGAGACUAAGAGUGAGGCUCUGGGUUAACUUUCCAGUGAUCUUAAAAGGUGGAGGCAGAAAGACUGCUUGGAGAAACUCCUUUUUACCUUUCUAGAACUGCAUCAGAGAAACUCCUAAAUUGCAUCAGUGAUCCUGAAACCUUUAUAAAUAAAGAGUUUCCUGCAUUUAGGAAACUUAAUCUUGUUGGGAUCUUUUGAGGUAGGAAAAUGUGAUGAGAAAUAAACAUUCUCUAUAUUCCUAUGUAUUGGGUAUGCUCCUGGAAACAUUGGAGGGACUGUUUGCCAAAAACUCUUGGCAGUUUUCAAAGAUGGCUGGCCAAGUCAAAAGAGAAUGAGGAGAAGAACAGGUUUAUGGAGCUCCGAGUCCAGCAUUGUGUGUAAAACCCAGGUUUCAAUUUAAAGAAAUCUGUUGCAUAAAAACCUUGGGAAACAUAUCAUCCUCUCUUUUCUUUACUACAUAGAUACCUCACACAAGUAUCCUGUUCUUCAAAAAAAUUUUUUUAGAAAAUAAGAAAAAUAUAAGAAAAUCAACAUGGUCAUAAUGAAGCAAAUUUUAUAUUAAUUUUAUUUACUUUUGCUUUUAAAUUUAAGAGUUAAGACAACAUUUCAGCAAAGAAAUGUGGAGAAGGGUAAAGGGAAAUCAAUAAAGUCACUCUGUGACUUUUCCCAGGAGGGAGCUGUGUUAAUCGAGAAUGACUCGCUUGGCUGUAUAUCAAGUCCGAGGAAAGAGCAGGAGUUGAUUUUGAAACAGAUUUCCCAGCUAGAUUGAAGGAGAUAUAUAUGUGUGUGUAUAUAUAUAUAUAUAUAUAUACACACA